AUGAAGCGCUUCAAAACCGUGUUCAGAAAACCCGACACGUCCGAACAUGCAUCUCCUCGUCGUCUCUGGCGACGCAGUACAGUGAAGCCCCAGCCAGAGGCAACGACUACGGAGACAGGCGAAGACCAGGUUGCUGUGGCUGGGCCGUCCAGUGAGCAAAACAAGCCCGAGACCGCGUCGACUGUGGCGCCUGUUGGUGACGACGCUGGUGAUGACGUUGGCGACGACACUCCUCAACCUGACCCCAAUGCUCAACCCGAGGCUACCGGCGAGCUGAAUCGAUCCAGAUUCGGCACUCAGCGCUUGAAGAAGUUAGUCACUCGCCUUCGAUUGAGUGGUUCUGGGGAGGAAGAGCCCAUCACCCAGCCAUCUGAGCCAUCUCAGCCCGAGACCGGUGAUUCAACUGCCCCGAGGGAGCAAGCAGCCGGCGGUCCUUUAUCUUCAAAUCCAUUUGAAUCACCCCCCGGCUAUGAGAACAUCGUUGCUGUAACAGCUACCGGGUCUGGUAGUCGAGAGGAUGCACGCAACGCUGGCAGUCGAGGAAGUCACUCCCGGGAAUCUAGUCAGACUGAAGGUGUCUGUGAACAUCCACCAGAUUGUCCGCACAUCCCGGAAAGCCGUAUCAGGAUGUCUCUCGAUGAAGAAGUGGAGGAUUGGAUGUGGCCAGGGUUGAUGUAUAUUCCCGUAGAAGGCACCCGAAUCCGUGAAUAUUCGGAUCCAUUCUCGGAUGGUAAAAGCAAUGAGUACCGACAACUCAACCCAGACAAACGACCAGUACUACCUGGACCAGCACCAGGACCGAUGCCUGGACCAUCCAGACGCUCUCCCUUCCAAAGCCAAGAUGAAGUGAGACCUUGCGAAGGACCACUGGAACCGAUUCCCGAGACCGAGGCCGACACGCUCGACCAAAUCCAGAGGAUCGAUCAAAUCGUGGCGACCGAGGCACCGCAGCGCACACCUUCACAGAUCAUUCCCGGAAGGCCCCGUGCGAGGGCGAUCUCAGCUGGCAGUAACUCCAGUCACAACAGCACCGUUGCGAUGACUCCUCAAACUGCGAUCGUCAACUUCAAUCGCAUGGCGGCCCAACAAGGAAUCCAUGUCGGCAUCUCGCCGGACGAAAUACCCAGCCCGCCACUGGAAUCGAUAGCCAGCGAGGAAGAAGAAACAAGUCGCCGUGGUAUGUUUAGUCGCCUCCGCAAGGUGCGAUCGAACCUAGAGACUCCCCCAGAGACCGAGAGGAUCCCAAUCCUGCGACGCAUAAGGACAUUCGGGAGUAUUCGCCCUGAUCCGUUAACUUCGCUGAAUGGACGAACACUCGAAGAUCUGGCUCGGCUUGGUGGACACAGCUUCAUCGUUAAUUAUGACCUGAGUCCUGGUCCCCUACAGCUUCCAGCGUGCAUGGUGUCGGCGUUCUUGUUCCUAUACAGACAUGGUGUCAACCAAACCCACCUCUUUACCGACCCCGGCGACUUGAAAGCCGCCACACGCACCUACGAUAGUUGGGCCAAGGAUGUGUUUGAUGCCGAAAAGAUCCAGGGGGAAAUCGAUUUGACUACCCGUGUCGUCGCUAUGCCGCGAUUCAGGGACGAUCCGACGCAAGUGCUGAGCGUGGGCUGGGCCCUGAAAGCGUUGUUGGCGGGGCUCCCGCGCGGGAUUCUCGGGAGUGCCCGGCUCUACCACACUUUGCAUAAUCUCUUUGCGAUCACGAUCCCUGAGAACACGGGAUUUAAGAUCCCCAGUCACUUUCGCGGCGUGACUGCCACCGUCGCCGUUCGCGUGCAACUCAUCUCGCUUGCGCUGAUUGGACUGUCCUCGGAGAUGCAGCGCGAUCUUAUCUGUGCGAUUUUUGGUCUGCUUACCUUCUUGCUGCGCCCCGAGUUCACCCUCGGCCGUCACGGUUCCCAGCGCUCGCAGGGCUCUCGCUCUCCCGGGAUCGAGCUCCGGCAACCCAUCUCGCCACCCGAAUACCACGAGAUGGUACGUUUCGUUGCUCCGAUGCUUCUCGGGCCCCAGAACCGGCCCCGAGUGCUCCCCGGGGUGGAGCAGGUGGAACAGGAGUUUGAAGAGGGUCGCGUAGCUGGUCUCUUACUAGACCACUGGCCUAACGUCCAUCGCCAACUCCAAUAUUGGUUACGAGACACCUAUGUGCCGUGA